AUGUCUACUGCAUCUACGCCACGGUCGACGCGUUCCGCGUCACCGGGAAAUUCACCCAACAUGCUCACACCGGGCCAAAAAAUAAAGGCAAUGAUGGCUCAAUUCGGCAGCGACUCGGAGUCGGACUCAGAAAAUACUCGCCCUAAACACACAAUCUCGAAGCUGGACUUCGGGUCCAAGCAUAAAUCUGCCGUCGAAACACAAAAAUUCAAUCAAUCAAAUAACAGCCGCGCCGACUCAGAUGACGAUGAAGAUAUUGUUCGACCUAAAGGCCGGAUGGCAGCCCGCAUGCAAGGUGGGGACGAUCAAUCCGAACAACAGCAAGAUACAGCCUUUUCCCGACUGUCCAAAGCUCUCAGGAUGGAGAGAGAACAAGCAGACAAAGCCAAGCCGCGGAAGAAAAGCCCCGCACCUGAUGCUGCAGAGGCUGGAGCCGAGUCUAGUGAGGAUGAUCUUCCUGCCGCACCCAGGAGGAACAAGAAGGCGGCCAGACAAAAAUCUCCAGAUGCUGACAACCAAUCUCGUAACUCAUCACCCCGCGCUCGUUCAGAUUCACCAUUGUUCGUUUCUUCGCCAGCUCCCACCGACGAGCAAGAUCAGGACGAGGACGCUGAUGCUGAUGAGGGAACCGAACAACUCACGAAAGGAAAUGCGAGAUUCCUUGCCCUCGUCGCUCAAAAACGCAAAGAGCGGGAGGAUCGCGAGAAGAUCGAAGAGGAGAAAAAAGCCGCCAGAAGAGCCCAAUUGGCAAAAUUCAGCUCGGAUAUUGUUUCUGGAGAGGAAAGUGAAGCCGAGGAUCCAGGAUCCGCACAUAAGCUUUCUCAGAAGGCCCAUCAACCUCGAAAGGCCAGCAAGAAGGCCAUGGAUGAGAUAAGACAGGAGACGCAGCGCAUGAGCCGGAAUAUGCAACUUGCGCACCAGGCCCAGACUAAAAAGAAGAUUUCCAAGGAGAGCUUCUUUGCUCGAUUCAAUUUUGGGCAGCCUGAAGCUUCUGCGGAGCCCGCGCAGGUAAACUCUUCGUCUGCCACUGGGUCGCAGCAGUCAUCAGAUGCGGAGGCUCGUAAAGCUCGCGAUACGCCUCACACUUCCCCCGCUCUUGGGCCUUCUACAGAAAAGUCGCCUGUAGAUGCUUCAGCCGGAGGCCAAUCUGUGUCCAACGUAAAAGAGACGACACUCAUUGCUAAUCAGCCCGCCAUGAAUAAAGCGGCCAUUCCUAACGAGUUGAAAGUACCUCAAGAGUCGACAAUUCUGCCCUCUCAUCCUGCAGCCAGGAAAGAACCGUUCAAGUUUACUGGACCUGCUGUUCGGGUUCUCAUGUCGAGGCAAGAAAUUGCUCAACACCAACAAGAAGAUUCGGAUAGCGAUGACCUUGAAGUGGUCACCUCACCUGCCAAAGCCCGUCGAAUUGCUGCCUUUGAGAACCUUCCUGCACAAAAACUGCAGGAGUCCGCCUCAAUGAUCCGGCUUAAGGCUCUGGCCCACUUGACAUCUCCGACUCGCAAAACAACUUCUAUGACUUCUUCAGAACUAUCAGCCAGUCUACUGUACAAAGCACGUCAACAAGCUGCUAAAGAGCGACGAGAGCGCAUUGACGAACUCAGGGCUAAGGGUGUCGUUAUCGAGACUGCCGAAGAGCGUGCAGCCAUGGAGGAGGAUAUGGAAGACUUGGUGGAGAAAGCUCGUCGGGAAGCCGAUGAGAUCAAACGACUAGAAAGAGCGGCCAAGAAGAAUGAGCAGGAUCUUGAUGACGAAGAGGAUGAUGGUGACUAUGAAUUCUCGGGCUCCGAAGAAGAGGAAGAAGGACCUGGCGAUGACGAUGAUGCUCGGAGUCUGAAUGGCAAUGAAGAUCUCGUCGAAGAGGAAGCGGAUGAUGGAGAUGAGUCCUCUGAUGGCGAGAGCGACGUUCUGCCCUCUGAUGUCGAAGAUGGAGCUCCUGGGACACGGCGCAAGCGACCAACCCGUGUCGUCAGCGAUGACGAAGACGAAGACGAACCUCAAAAACAGGUACCGUCUACACCUGUUCGGGCCCCAUCAAAUCCAGUUCAAUCCGUAGAGCGCCCUAAUUUCCUAGGCAUGGAAACUCCCAGCAUGUCCAUGGGUCUCACUCAAGCAUUUGCUGGCACAUUGGCGGACGACAACGACGGUCAAAGUCAGCUAGCUUCGGCGACAAUUCCUUUCUCUCUGCCAGACCCGGGUCGCCCUGUGCCCAGACUGCGCCAUGAAGAUUCCGAAAUUCUUGUUCGAGACAGCCAAGAGCAGCCGGAUGAGCCUGACUUUAUGGCCAACUACCACCAAAAUACCAAUCGCGUAUCGGAAUCUCCAGCUGGGCCGGCAUUCUCUCAGUACUCGCAGCUCCCUGAUCCUACGCAGGAUCAAGGGUUUGUGCUUUCUCCGUUCGAUCCGAACAAGCGAUUCAGAGGAACACCACCAGUCUCAACUGUGGAUACUGUCAUUGUCGGACAAAGCCAAUCACCAAUCGUUGAGCGCAAGAGUAGACAGCUUCGACGAGGACGUGCAGCUGACCUGUCUGUUGUCCAAGAGGAGGAAGAAACCAAUGAGGUCGACCCCAAUGCCUUCGAUAUCAUGAAGAAGGCCAAGAAACCGAUUGUUGCAUUCGACAAGAAGAAUAGUAAGGCGAAGAAUAUUGUUGAUGAGGCUGCUGAGGAAUCCGAGGAUGAAUAUGCCGGCCUCGGUGGUGCUAGCGGUGACGACAGUGACGAAGAGGAAAAUGCAUACGAUAAGCAGAUGAUCAAUGACAACAGUGGUGAGACUGUUGAUGAGAAAGAGCUUGCGGCGCUGAAUGCUGUUCAUGACCGGAAUCGAGAUGAAAAGGAUGUUGCCAAGUUACUCAAGGACAUUACCACCGGAGCUCUGCGCCGGCGCCGUGGAGCCGAUGAUGACUUUGACUUGGACGACUCGGACGAUGAGCAUCUGGCACGUCGACGCGAAAAGCAGCGCGAAUUUGCGAAGAUGCGCAAGGCUCUCCUCGCAGAUAACAAGAUAGGCGAACUCGCAGACAACCCCAAGAAAGCAGCGUUCUUCAAGGCGAUUGAAGACCGUGAGGUUGAGGAUGAUUUCGAGCUGGAGUUCUUAGAAGAGGGCGGGUCCCAAAAUGAAUCCCAAGCCACAGAGGAACGGCAAGAUGGUGCUGCCAAUGACAGCAACAAACGCAAGCGGCCUCUCGAGCCAUCUGCGGACUCCACCAACCGUCCUCCACCAAACCUUCGCCGCACUCCCGCUAGCGCCAUGUCAAAGAAGCCUGCGACACUGGCUGAGAUCCGCGAGACACUAUCUUUCUUGACCGAGACACCAGAGUACGACUCCUUCCAAGAAGAUGCUUCCGUCAACGAGGAAGAUCCCGAAGAAGGAGAUGACUCCAACACAUCUGGUGCCGAAGCAGCUCAUUCCGACGACGCAAGCUCCCAACCCAAGGAAGACUUCGUAAAGCCUAGCCACCCGCGCCGCACGCGUGGUCCAGUUGUCGACCGCCUCGCUUUACUCCGCCAGGCCUCCUCCAAUUCUGCCACCGCAACCACGGGACCGAGCAAUACAAAGCUUGCCUUCCAGACUGGAGGUAACGGCGAUGGACCCAUCGGCUUCAGACCUCCACCGCUUUUGCACCGUGUCUCUUCAGGCUCGUCAUCAUCUUCCAACGCAUCCAAGACUUCUAACCGUGUCUCUAAACCCGCUGCAUCGGGUCCUAAGAAGGGUGGUGCGGUCAACUCCUACACUGCUGCGCGUGAGAAGGAGCGCGAGAGACAGCUGCGGGUGAAACAGCGGAAUGGAAGCUCCAAUGUUGCGAAACUGCUGAACAAGCAUGCUGGAGGUGGAUUGGGUGCUCUGGCUGGAAAGGGUCAAUGGGAUUAA